AUGGCAAAAGAAGAUACUACUCAAGCAUUAUAUAAAGAAGCAUUCAAUUUAUUUGAUAAAGAUAAAGAUGGUAAAAUUACAAUUCAAGAAUUAGGUAUAGUUAUGAGAUCAGUUGGAUCAAACCCAACUCAACAAGAACUUAAAGAUAUUGCUAAAGAGAUUGACGAUGGUUCAGGUUUAGUAGAUUUUAGUAAAUUUUCAUCACUCAUGACUAGAAAAAUGAAAUAUUCAGAUUCUGAAGCUGAUAUCAAACAAGCUUUCAAAGUUUUCGAUAAAAAAGGUAAUGGUUAUGCAAAUAUUCAAGAUUUAAAACACACAUUAACUUCAAUUGGUGAAAAAUUAACAAAAGAAGAAUUCGAUAAUAUGUUAAAAGACGCAAAAACUGUUGAUGGCCAAAUUCAUGUUGAUGAAUUUGUUAGAGUUAUUAAAUCAAGCAAAUCAUUCAAUUAA